AUGCUGGUGAAGAAGCAUGCGGGGAAAGGUGGGGGCCGGGAGCCAGGCUCCGAGGACCCGAGGCAGCGUUGUGCCUGGACCGUGCCGCCGUGCACCUCCCUGGCGGCCCUUCUCUCAGUGGUGGCCCUGAUGUCUUGUCUGUACCUUGGGGUGAAAACCAACGACCUCCAGGCGAGGAUCGCUGCUCUCGAAUCCGCAAAAGGGGACCCUUCCAUUCAUCUGCUCCCUGAUCGCCUGGAUCAGCUCAAAGCAGUGGUGCAAGAGAAAGUGGAGCAACUUCUGGCUCAGAGAUCCUAUGAACAUAUGGCUAAAAUAAGAAUCGCAAGAGAAGCACCUUCAGAGUGCAACUGCCCAGCAGGCCCUCCGGGGAAACGAGGUAAGAGGGGCCGAAGAGGAGAAUCUGGUCCUCCUGGCCAACCUGGUCCUCAGGGCCCUCCUGGUCCAAAAGGUGAUAAGGGAGAACAAGGUGACCAGGGACCUCGGGGUCUGCCAGGCUUCCCCACAGUUGCUGCUCUCCACAGUAAUCAGAUCCUCACCGUCAAGGGUGACCAAGGGCAGGCUGGGCCUCCAGGACCUCCAGGCCCUCCCGGCCCAAGAGGACCUCCUGGGGACACAGGGAAAGAUGGCCCUCGUGGAAUGCCAGGAGUGCCUGGUGAACCAGGGAAACCAGGAGAACAAGGCUUGAUGGGUCCUCUGGGGCCUCCAGGACAAAAGGGUUCUGUUGGAAUGCCUGGAAUUCCAGGGGUGAAUGGUCAAAAGGGUGAGCCUGGGUUGCCUGGAACAGUAGGACAAAACGGAAUACCAGGGCCAAAGGGAGAUGCUGGAGAGAGUGGCCCCAAAGGUGACACAGGCGAAAAGGGUGACCCUGGAUCAUCUGCGGCAGGAAUUAAGGGGGAACCUGGAGAAUCUGGUCGUCCAGGGCAAAAGGGAGAACCAGGUUUCAUUGGUCCUCAAGGAGAACCAGGUUUACCAGGGUUACCAGGAACAAAGGGUGAACGUGGGGAGGCAGGGCCUCCUGGAAGAGGUGAGCGAGGGGAGCCUGGAGCCCCUGGACCAAAGGGGAAACAAGGUGAAUCAGGAACUAGAGGCCCAAAGGGGUCAAAGGGUGAUCGUGGAGAGAAAGGGGACUCUGGAGCCCUGGGACCAAGGGGUCCACCUGGUCAAAAGGGAGAUCAAGGAGCCACUGAGAUCAUAGACUACAAUGGCAACCUCCACGAAGCCUUGCAGAGGAUUACCACCUUAACUGUCACGGGUCCCCCUGGACCACCUGGACCUCAAGGACUACAAGGGCCAAAGGGAGAGCCAGGAUCUCCAGGAAUCCCAGGAGUUGAUGGAGAGCAGGGACUUAAAGGCUCAAAGGGAGACAUGGGGGACCCAGGUAUGCCAGGUGAAAAAGGAGGAAUCGGACUUCCUGGAUUACCGGGUGCCAAUGGAAUGAAAGGAGAAAAAGGAGACUCUGGAUUACCAGGUCCUCAGGGUCCUUCCAUCAUAGGCCCACCAGGCCCACCAGGCCCCCAUGGCCCACCAGGCCCCAUGGGACCUCAUGGACUUCCUGGACCAAAGGGAGCAUCUGGCUUAGACGGGAAGCCAGGAUCCCGGGGUACAGAUGGCCCUAUGGGACCCCAUGGCCCUGCAGGUCCCAAAGGAGAAAGAGGUGAAAAAGGAGCUAUGGGAGAGCCUGGACCCAGAGGACCCUAUGGUCUGCCUGGCUUCCCUGGUCCACGAGGCGAGAAGGGUGAUGUAGGAGAAAAGGGAGAAAAGGGAUUCCGUGGCGUUAAGGGGGAAAAAGGGGAGCCAGGUCAGCCUGGCCUGGAUGGGCUGGAUGCCCCUUGCCAAUUGGGGCCAGAUGGAUUACCUAUGCCUGGCUGUUGGCAAAAGGGGGUUACACCAUGGCUUAUUGCCAAAAAGAGAUAA